AUGACAUCCUCUUCAGGAGAUUCAGAUCCAUGCCAUCCGGAAGCUUGUGCCAUUCAAGAUUGCAUACAGAAAAAUAAUUAUAACGAAUCAAAAUGUUCAAAGUUAAUUGACAACUUGUACUUAUGCUGCAAGAAGUACUACGAGCAGAACGGCACCGAUAAACAAACAACAUGCUGUCCUAAAUUCAACCUCUUGCAAUUAAAGCUAAAGCAAAGAGAAUUAGGCAAAAUCGAUGCUGAAACGAUCGAACUGCGUAAGGGAUAA